CGGCCUCCCUGCCCGGCUCCCCUCCCCACGCCCCUUCUGAGCUAAGCGCAGAAAGGCCGGGCCGGGCCGGGGCGGCGGGCGGACGGCGCGGACCUAGCGGCUAUGAAGGGGCCCCCGGGGGCCCGCAGCCCGAGAGCCCCCUGGGACGGAGGCGCGCGCGGCCGGGGCCAGCAGCCUGGGGUCGCCGGGGCUGGAGCGUAGGGGCUGCCGCCCGCGAUGGACCUCACCGGGAUCGAUCUGGACUCGCCGCCGCAGAAUGUGACACUCCACGAACUGUGAGCUGGAAAGAAAAGAAUGUGUCGUUCCUAUGAAAACUAAGUGGAAUGCUCUCGACUCCAUGAGGUGAGCCUGGGAAAAAACUUCUCCAAAUUAGGUGAAGAUUGGUGGGAAAUGUCAGGAAACUCCUCAAGGAUAUGGCACUGGGUUGCUCACUGAGCGUCCCAAAGCAUCCCCAGGUCUUGUCACUCUGGAGAGGUCAGGCUGCAGGCAGGGCGCCCAGCCCUCCCACCUCCAGAGGGUGGUGAGCUCCUGGGAAAGGCUGGAGCCUGCUUCCAAAGAGGGCAGAGCUGCAGUGGCCAGGAGGAGUGUUGGGUUGCACUGCGCGGUCAUUGGGGACCACCGUCCAUCCAACUCUGGGCGCUUCAGUUCUUGCUUCUCCUGAGCUGACACAUGUGGCUUGUAUGUGUCACCUGGAAGGAGUCUUCACCCCACGGCCUCCUUGGCCAGCCAGCCAACCACUGUCCCACUCCAGAGACGUGGGGUUGGGUAGUCUGUGUGUAACAGACUCCACGCUCACACACACACACGCACACACACACAGGUGCGCACAUGCUAUCUCUGCAGCACCUCCCCCGAGAGAGGGCCACAUGAAGCCCCUCCCUGAGGGCUGGUCACUGCCGGAAGGCCGCCUGUCCAUCUCCCGCACCUCCGCAUUGUCCCUGGAACCUAACCCAAAGCCCCACUCACCACCGAUGCUGGGACUUACACAAGCCUCCUCCUCGGGAAGAUGCCUCCCUGCACGUGUGGAACCAUCCAGCCUUCAAGCCCACCUCGCCUGGCUUUGCCUCCCCAGCCUCGCCCCUCCUGUCCAGCCUGACUGGCUCCAGCCCAGCCUUGGGCUCAUCAGAGCCCCUGAUCUAGGUCCCAGGACACUCUGAAACUCGUAGGUCUUCCCAGACGUGGCCCACCUCCAGGGCUCACUGGCCCUUAAACCAUGACCGAGCUCCUUGGAGAGCCAUGUUGCGGCCUCUUGCUCUGACUCUGGCCUUGAUGGACCCCGACCCCCGUUUUGUCACACAGGACACUUCUCCAUCCUCACAGCCCUUACUGUCCGGACCCCAAGUAGCUAACGAAACAGAACUGAGACUUCACCAGGGUGCUCCCAGUCCAGCCCUACUUUUGGAGAUGAGCGCAGGGGCUGAGGAGGACAAGCAGGGGCCCCAAGCCCCCAUGGAGAGCCGGCCCCUGGCCCACUGGGCUCACAUGCCCCUCUGUACAGCACUGAUCUGUAUCCAGCCGAGGCCCUGGGAGGUGCCCAGGGGCAGAAGGGCCCCCAUCUGUACCUGCUGAGGGGCACAGGACGAUGGCGGCGGAGGCUGGACACAGACACGAGCCUCGGUGGAGGGCGGGGAGUCGCGGCCGUAGCAGACACAAGCCCCCACUCACUCUAGCCUGCAGGAGCCUCCCUCAAACAUCUGUUCUCCGUGCCACGCCCCUCCCCACUCUGAGUGUGACCCAGCCCUCCUCUGUCUCACCCCCUUUGCCCAAGCCCACCAAGGGCGGGGUCUGCGGAGGCACCAGCCCUACCCACAGGCAGGCAGCCCCUACUUCAGGGUUCGGGUUAGGAGCAGCUACCCCAUCUCAGACUUAGGCCUCUGGGUCUGGGGUGGGGGUGGGUACAGCUUUCACCCCCACCCCAGGCCCCAGGCCCCAAUUCCCCUAGACCCGCCCCCUGCUGGCUAGCUGGCUUCCCCCAAGGCUGGGGCCCUCCCUGCUCGGCUUAAUAACCUCCUGAUAAUUAUCUCCACAAUUUUGCUGCUUGCUUAUAAUAGUCUCCAUUAAAGUUACGGGGUUUUCAGGCCAUAAUGGCUUCCAGAGUAAUUAAUGCACAACUGGGUUUAUAGCUAAGUUUAUUUUUAGAGCUUUUCUGCCUCACCCCUUCCCCCUCCUCUUAUAGAUGCUUUGACCAGACAGACUGGAUGGGAUCAGAGCCUCCAUCCACGGCCCCAGCCUCCAUCCCCCCAUGUCCACUCCGGCCCCCUCCUGCUCCCCCUGGGGAGGUGCUGGGACCACUCUGGGGCCUGACCUCCCUUCCCGAGCUCCUGACUGCAGCACAGACCCAAAGGGUCUGGCAGCUCAGGUCUGGCUCCACCAUGUGCUGUGACUUGGACGAGACAUUGACCCUCGCGGUCUCAGCAAGCCCCGGGUGAAACGGGGAAGAGGUCCUCACCCGCGGCCCAGGAGUCCUGAGGACGGAAGUGCUCAGUGCAUCCAAACAGCUGUUCUUGUUAAAACUGCAGCCCAGGCCGCCCACAGAGGAGCCAGUGCCAGAGGCAGGAGGCCGCCCCAGCUCAGCCACCUGAGCGCACCGGGCAGGCCAGGUGUGUGCAGAACAGCCCCAAGCUCACUCUGCCGUGGCUUUCCCACCCUGAAGUAGCACCCUCCCCAAGACCAGGACUCCUGGAAAAGUUCCAGGGUGAUCACAGAACCAGAGGAGACCUCCCAGCCAGGUCUGUUGGAAGGGCCUCUCCUCCUAAGACGCCCAGCCAAACAGAGCCCCUUUGCAGCCUGUCUAUGGCCUAGGGCGGGUGGGAGAUUGGCAGGGGUGUGGCAUGAGCUCACUCAGCACACGAGACCCAGACUGGCAUCCUGGGGUGGGAUCCUGGGCUCCAGCACCUGCUGGGGCCACGGCAUAGGAGUCUGAAGGAGACCCAACGUGCCUCAGGAUUAUUCUCCUCUGCGCUCUGUGCCCCCACCAUCCCUGCCUGUAACCUUAACCUGGGAGCCUUCCCAGCUGCCUCCAAAGAGACUGUGGAGGUGGAGCUGAGGGGCGGUGGGGGCAGGGUGGCCGCCCCAGGACACCACAGUGCCUGUCACUGGAAGAUGACAUGGUUCUUCCACGAGGCAUGAGGACCAGACAAGGACAGGGAAACAAACUGUCUCCAAAACCUGGGGCCCAAAUCCUGCUCAGCCCAGCUCCUGGCUGUGCUGGGAAUGGGUGGUCCCCCUCCCGUCUCCCCUGUGGACCCAGCUGCACCUUGCAUGGUGCUCAGGGCAGAAGUGAUGAGGAAGGUGGGAAAUGGGAUGUGACAGUUUCCAUGGCGUCAGGAGGCUCAGCGCCCACCUCCCAUCACGUGGGAGGCCAGGCAGGGCAGGGGGGCAAUCUCCCCAUGCAGGGUCCCUCUCCUGGGGCCUCUGCUGCUGCCACUUGAGUGCCAUCUGACCAGCACGUGGCAACCCACCUGGCCCCGUCUCCUCGCUGACAUCCAGCUACAAGACCUGGGCUCUGUCUUACCCACGGGAGGCUUCUCGAGAAUGUCCCCCCGACGUCAACAAGGGCAGAGUGUUCCCUCCCAGGACCCAUCCUCCAAAUGCCUCUUACUGGUCCUCGGAGGACCCAGCCCAGCACCAACCCCUUAAUCCAGGCUGUGGAACACCCAUGGGGGCACAAGCAUGCAGCAUUCACAGCCGCUCAUGCGUCCCAGACGCUCACUGAGUACAUCCGGCCCAUGGGCUCCACGGGCGUUAAAUUGUUUAAUUCCCAGAAGCCCCGGGAAGGAGGUGCUGAAGGUGCCCAUUUCAUAGAUGAGAAGCCUGGGACACAGAGAUGAGCUGGGGUUUGAUCCCAGGCAGGUGUGUCUGCAUCCGUGCCCUGCUGACUCCAAGUGGGCAGUGCCCGCCCUGUGCUUGUGGGGACAGAGGUGGCUGUGCCUGACCAGCAGACAGAAGCUGGGAUCCACCCAGGAAACACAAUGUCCUGUAUCCCCAGCCAGCCGGCCCUGCUGGGGCCCAUCCCGCCCAGGUCUCUGGCCAUCCUCUUCUGCUCUGUCUUGCAGGUGUCCACCCUGCAGGGUUCCUGACUGCACCCUGGACAACGCCCUCCUCAGCCUCCGGUCGGGCGGGGCUCUGCAGAACUGCUUCGGCAAUGGGUAACGAGGAGCCGUGGGCCCAGCCAGCCUUGGAGAUGCCGAAGAGACGGGAUGUCCUCGCCAUCGUCCUCAUCGUGCUGCCCUGGACGCUGCUGGUCACCGUGUGGCACCAGAGCACCAUCGCGCCCCUGCUGGCCGCACACAAGGAUGACGGCAGUGACUCCCGGCGUGAGGCUCCCCCCGGCACAGACCCCAGGGAGUACUGCAUGUCCGACCGCGACAUUGUGGAGGUGGUGCGCACGGAGUACGUGUACACGCGGCCCCCGCCCUGGUCCGACACGCUGCCCACCAUCCACGUGGUGACGCCCACCUACAGCCGCCCAGUGCAGAAGGCGGAGCUGACGCGCAUGGCCAACACGCUGCUGCACGUGCCCAACCUGCACUGGCUGGUGGUGGAGGACGCGCCCCGCCGCACACCGCUGACUGCGCGCCUGCUGCGCGACACCGGCCUCAACUACACGCAUCUGCACGUGGAGACGCCGCGUAACUACAAGCUGCGCGGAGACGCACGCGACCCGCGCAUCCCGCGGGGCACCAUGCAGCGCAACUUGGCCCUGCGCUGGCUGCGCGAGACCUUCCCACGCAACUCCAGCCAGCCCGGCGUCGUGUACUUCGCAGACGACGACAACACCUACAGCCUGGAGCUCUUCGAGGAGAUGCGCAGCACCAGGAGGGUGUCCGUGUGGCCCGUCGCCUUCGUCGGCGGCCUUCGGUACGAGGCCCCGCGCGUCAACGGGGCAGGGAAGGUGGUCGGCUGGAAGACGGUGUUCGACCCCCACCGGCCAUUUGCAAUCGACAUGGCAGGAUUUGCAGUCAACCUGAGGCUCAUCCUGCAGCGGAGCCAGGCCUACUUCAAGCUGCGUGGCGUGAAGGGAGGCUACCAGGAAAGCAGCCUCCUCCGAGAACUCGUCACGCUCAACGACCUGGAGCCUAAGGCCGCCAACUGCACCAAGAUCCUGGUAUGGCACACUCGGACAGAGAAGCCGGUGCUGGUGAACGAGGGGAAAAAAGGCUUCACUGACCCCACGGUGGAGAUCUGAGCCCCAGGACACAGGAGCCUCCUUCUCAGACCCGGUCCUGGCCACCUCCUCUCCCCACAGCUGGUGGUCCCUCCGGGGCAAACUCCUAAGGAAUCACCAUCACCCUCCUUCCUACUCUGGGGCCUUCAGAGAGACCAGCUGAUGGCAGGACAAAGGACGGAGACCCUAAAGCACAGAAACCCCAGACCCGUUGUUCUCUUCCAUCCCGCCGGGGCAAGGCCUGCUGGAGCAGACGCCGUGGGCCCUGAGCCCAGGAGCGAUGCUGGGCUGGGAGGGAGGUGAAGGACCUGGCGGUCCAGCAGAGUACCCCCCACACACACCCCCGAUCCCUGCUCCCGGCCCCACGCACGACCACACGGGACAGACUGGCCAGGCACUUCUGAAGACGGAGGGCGGCCCCUGGCCCGGCAUCAGUUGGAGCUGCUCAGAGGAGACACAGCCGUCUGGCUUUCCUCAGCUCCUGUUUCCAGAGCAUAAGGCAGCCAGCCCUGGGUGAGGGGAGCCAGGCUGCCAACGGGCUCCCCCUUCCCGUACCUCGUGGUGGGAGUAGACCCCCUUCCCCAACCCUUGUCCCUCAAGCCUGCUCCUUCCAGCACAGGGAAGGAGGUGGGACCCUGAGCCGGCACAGGUCGUGGGCUGACCUGGAUGAAGACCACAUGGGCCCCAGGCCCCUCGCCUAGGCUGGGCCUGGGGAGGUGGGAGCCCUCCCCGCCCCCAGAGCCCUCAGAACUUCAGGCCACAGGGGCUCGAGGGGGCCCGGGUGUGAGGGAAAGAGGAGGGCCCGGGCAGCCCCACGACUCUCCUGAGGGACUUUGGAUUCGGGAGGAGUUCCUGGAAGGGGCGGAGACGAUCUGAACACCGAGGGCAGGAGGCCGGAGUGCACACCACUUUGGAAAUCAUGCAAUUUACACACAAAGUGGGAGAGGAAACCUCACUUCUCCCUCAACGGUGGGGGGGGUCACACAGAGCAAGCUGGCCUCACAUCCAGCUCCCCCUCCCCCUCCAAGAAGGAACAGUGCGUGCGGCGUGCGGCCCUCGGCCCAGGUGAUGAGGCCCCUGUCUCCCUGCUCUGGGCCCCGGGCCGUGCACAGCUUCCCAAUGGGCCGGCCGGCCGGCCUCCGCCGGUCUCUCACUCACGCUCCUGACGGUUGGAAGCACAAUUUCCCUCCCAGUGGAGGAAGAGGAAGGGCCUGAGCCUGCUGAGGGGGUGUUCACUUUUAACUGCUAACAGCCCCCACUCCUCUGAAACUCACAGGACGGGUCUGAGGACCCCUGAGAACCACCCCUGUGUGUGCGUGGGUGCACAGGCGUGUGGGACUCAGUCCAGGACCUAACAGUCACACAGCAGCACUGGCUGACUAUUUGAAGUGGGUUUAACUCCGCCGCCCCCGACCCCCGUAGUCAUGAGACCGUUCGACGGGCUCACCUCCCUGAGAGCCCUGAGCCACCAGGUGGGAGCACCUGGGGACCAGGCGGGUGGCGGGAGAGGUGGGGAGGGCUUGGGCACGGGCCUCGGUCUGUGAGUGAGUUGACUCUGGGCACCUGGCUGCCUCGCUUCCAGGACCAGCCCGAGUACAGGGCAGCUUGGCUGGACUGGGGCCACCUUAUUGGCCAAAACCCAGGGCUCGUUUUCAGGAGGUUGGCAGUGAACAGCAAGCUGGGCUAGUCUCUCCCUCUCUCUCCCUCUCUGAUGCCAGUCCGGCUGUUUGCACCUAACACCCUCUCUUAGCCGCAUGUGUGUUUAUUUAUACUUAUACCCAGGUGGACUGCAGUGUUCAUCUUUGUUGGGAACGACUUCGUUGUGAAUCAGAAUUGGGCCCAUGAGUACAGUGUGUUUCCAAACCCUCAGGCCGGGGGUCCUGAGGACAGAGAUGGGGGGCGUGAAGCCCACGCAGCUGCCACCAUCUGAUGUUUUAGUUCCACUGUAUUUAAUUUGUUUCAAAAUUAAAAGUCAAAUAUGGUUUUUAACA